AACAACUUCUGAGCAGUGACUCACCAAAAGCUCAACGCUUUUAUCUUCAGCUUUUCUUCAAGAGCCGCGGCACCUUUUGUUCUAAGGACUCUACCAUGAUACGCUCCGCAUGCUGCCCGAAAGGGGGAGCUAUUGCUCAGCCUCCUUCUGCCUCCCCCUCCUCUUCUCCAGUGAACAAUUUCCUCUUCUAAACACCAAUCCCCCCCACCCCGUUUUAUCUUAUGUGUGUCACACACACACACACACAAACUCCUUGGAUGAUCGCCUCGGCAGAUGGUUCUCGGUGCGUGGACGGCUUGCUGAGACGAGACUGAGAGGGCAAAGUCCUCGCUUGUCAUGGGAUGCUGCAGCGUGACUCAGAGGCACACAGGAGUGGACGAAGUGGGUCCAGAUGAGAUCGAACUCCUGGAACUACCUGGAGACAAUUUGGGUGUAUGGAGUCCAGGUGAAAACAGAGUCCAGGUGUCGGUGAGGAACAGCCGAGACGAGCAGCAGCUACCGCCACAGCCGCCACACAAAGCCUCAGCGCGACACCUGGAGCAGGAGGUGGUGCUGUGGGGCAGGAGCAGAGAUGAGCUCCACCACAGGAUUUACUCUCAGCAGCCAAUCAGGGGCUGGGAGGGCCAACCCGCUCAUGUCUAUGGAGAGGUCAUCUACUCAUCUCUGGUGUCUCUCUACAACAGCUACACGCAGGAAACCAGUGAACAGUUCCUGUUGUUGUUCUCUUUUCACCUUCUGAUGCUCUCUCUGGACCACUCCCGAGAAGACUUCAUCUAUGAGGGCAUCCUUCCUGUCUCUGGGCUGUCUUUCCGGGCUGUAUCCCUGGAUCCAGAUGUGUCACAUUCACCACACACAUUUGAAAUCAGCAGUCCAAUGGUGGACUCUAAGGUGUUUAUAUGUGCCAGUGCUACAGAGUUACAGAAAUGGAUGCAGCACAUAGACGACAGGAGAUACAAGUCCAUGACGCAACCCCUGAGUCCCUCCCACUGUGCUCUUUCUUAUCUCUUGCCAUGUGAUGAGAACUGGAAGAGAGAGGAGCUGAAGAAAUACGUACUGCAGGCGCCCAUAUGGAGCUGGGAGGGCUCGCCUAUACAGCACAUGGGUCAUCCAGGAUACAUCUCUAUCGUUCACAUCAUCAACACUCAGAGACAGGGUCUCCAAGAAAGACUGAUGGUUCUCUUUCCUCAUGAUAUCUUACUGCUUUCUGUUGACAGCAAGCGGCUGAAUGUAAAAUAUGAGGGCAGGUUGGCUCGAAACAGCAUCAAAGCAGUGGAGCGCUCAGCCCUUCCCGGACGGCUAGAGUUUGAGCUGAGAGGGGAACUGCUGGAACCGCUGCAGAUCUCCUGCACCAGCGUGGAGGAUUAUCAGACCUGGAUUUUUCAUCUGCAGCAGCCAAACAGAGACAGCCACAUUAUUAUGAGUCUGCCCCCUCCUCCAUUAGUGCCAAAGCUGCAGAGGAACGGGAAGGAGUACCAGGAGCCGAUCUUAGCAAGCGACCAGUGUCACAUCAACGGGCGGGGGUGACCCACCAGACUCUGAUAGAUCUGUAAAAGGUCCCUGUGAAUAUACAGCAAAUCCAAAUCACCAUGUAAAUUAUGUAUUUAUUACUGUAAUGUUUGCCAGUAUAUGAUAGCACAAAAGGUGGAAUGCUCUUGUACUAAAUGUUAAUAUAGUCGGGUAAGUUGAACCUAUGUAAGAAGCAGAACAGAGAGUUUGGCCUACUUCAAGUAGGUCCUGACCCGGUUUAAGAGCAGAACAUAGCUGCAGAGAUGUUAGAUAUAUAGAGCAGAAAGCUAGAGUGGAACAGGUUGUACAUAUCUGUAUGUAGAUCUUUACUAAUAAACUGUUUUCAAAUGAA